AAUUACCGAAAACAAAACAAACUGUGACUGUCAGAAGGGUUGCAGAUUAAAUUGUUACCUGACCGGUAACACUUACCUUGAAAAGAGUUUCCUUUCUGUGAUUGCAUACAUUUCCUUCUUUGUUUCAAGUUGGUUCGAAUUUAAAUAAAGAAAAAAAUGGCUAGAGAGUUUGAUGUUAUAAUUUUUGGUGGAACUGGGUAUACAGGCCGGUAUGUUAUUGAAGAACUGGCUCAUUCUUCUAAAUCAACUGAUAUUAAAUGGGCUAUUGCCGGCAGAAAUAAAGAAAAAUUGGAGGAAUCCUUAGAGAUUGUUCAGGAGUAUCUUGGGAAAGAGAUAGAUAUAAGCAAAACUCCAAUUAUUGAAGCUGAUGUUAAAAGUGAAUCAUCUCUUUCAAAUAUGUGCAAAAGGGCUAAGUUGAUACUUAACUGUGUUGGACCAUACAAAUUGUUUGGCGAGCCAGUUAUCAAAGCUUGCGUAGAAAAUGGAACUCAUCACAUUGAUCUUAGCGGAGAACUAAAGUAUUUAGAAGGAACGCAAAUUAAGUAUUUUGAUGCAGCACGUGAGAAAAAGAUUUAUAUUGUUGGGGCUUGUGGCUUUGACAGCAUCCCUGGCGAUUGUGGAAUGACCAUCUUAAAAAAUCAUUUUCCUGGUGAUUUGAAUUCUGUUGAGUAUUUUGUCACCAUCGGAAUCGGACCGGAGGGUCGAUCCACUAAUAUCGGAACCUUUAUGUCAGCUAUGAACUCUAUGUGGGAUAAGAAGUAUGUAAAAGAAUAUGAUGCUGCUCUUAAAGAAAGAGUAUUUAAAGAGGAUUUGCCAAAACCUAAAUAUCCAUUAGGCUGGAGACAACCACCAGUUUCUUAUAGUUCUGAAGAGAAGGCCUGGGGUCUUUGGUUUGUAGGACCAGAUCAGAGAGUUAUUCAUAGAAGUCAAUUAUUUCGCCACAACUACUUAAAAGAAAGACCUAUAUUGUCUCAUGGUUACAUUAAGUGCAAUUCAUUCUUUACUGCUUUCGCACUGGUAAUGUUUGCUGUAUAUUUUGCAUUCAUGUCAUUCUUUUCAUUCACUCGAUCCCUCUUAGCCAAGUACCCAUCCUUUUUCACUGCUGGUGUAUUUUCAAGUUCUGGACCAACUCGAACACAAGUCAUGCAAGGAUCUACUACUGUAACAUUUUAUGGUGAAGGAUGGAAGGAAAAACUGUCAGAUCCUACUGACCAGCACACCACUAAACCUGACACCAGAAUGAAACUCACCAUGAAAGGGCCAGAGCCUGCAUAUGCACUUACAGCUAAAUGCAUGGUAAAUGCUGGUUUGACUAUACUUCUUGAAAAAGAUAAACUACCUCUAGAAGGUGGUGUUCUUUCUCCUGGUGUAGCAUUUGCUAAAACUUCUCUUGAAGAAAGAUUGAAAAAACGUGGAAUGACUUUUGAAUUUGAAAAUAUCAAUUAAAGUUAAUUAUUAGUGGCUGAUAAACUUUGUCAAUAAUAUGCAUCUUAUUAAUUUGUAUUCUUCUAAAUAAAAAUAUUCACCAGUAAUGGUAUUAUAAAUAUGGUACUACCAAAUGAGCAGGAGCAUAUAUUCAAAUUUAAAUGCAGAAAAUUGUUCAAAUGUAGCCAUUUAAAGCUAUAAUUCCUUAGAAUGUACUUUAUAGCCUCUUAUGUUAGUUAGAACUCAGAGAAUUUGCAUAAUUUUAUUCAAAUAUACUUCAGAAACACAUAAGGCGUUUAUUUAGCCAUUUGUGACAAUUCUAAGGAUACUUCCAGAACUGCUUCUAAAUUACAAAAUUUAAAAAUUAUUUAUAAUUCCAAAAAUGCAGUAAAUCUCUGUAAUUCCAAUGGUCUGCAUGAUUUUAAUUUUUUUCAAGGUUCUAUCCCUUUUUGCUUCUUUUAAAUUUCUGUUGGUUUAAAAAAACUUAAUCUACAUUCAACUUAAUGGAGAAAAGUCAAUCUUAAUUAUCGAUAGUACAGUAAUCAAGAAUUUAUGACUGAAUGCUUGAAGAAUUAUCUCGUUAUUUAUAUGACAUCAAUAUCAUGUCAUUUAAAAGAUAGUUUAUUGAUUUUUUUAUAUCUAAACAUAACCAAGAUUACUUCUGAUAUUAUCCUUUAAAAUUUAAUAGAUGCAAAAUAAUGUUCUCCAAUAUACUAAAAAAAAUUUUAAAUUGCAUAUUGAUAUUAGCAUUUACAUUCUAUUUUUGAUAUUAAUUUAAAAUAUGGACCGAAAUUUGUAUACUAAUUCAACUAGGCAUACUAUGUUACUUGACUGGCACUUUUGUCCCUCUUCAAUACAAUUUAAAAAAUGUAAAAGAUAAUUUCCAUACAAAACAAGUUAUUUUGUGAUUAUCUUUUACCAAAUGGUUAAAGAAUAAAUUUUUUCUUGAUGUAUAUUUAAUUUUUUAUUUACUUAAUUUUUAUAUGUUUUACCUAUUAAGCUGUGAAAGUUAUGAUUUUUAAAUGAAAAAUGAGCUUACAAUUUUGACUGUGUUAUUUGUUAAAUGAAAACAACUUUUUUUAUUGUUGUAUAAUGUGUUUUAUCAAUUUUAGCCAUGUUUAUAUUCAUUCUUUUUUAAAUUAAUAUUCUAAUUUUAAAGAGAAAUGAGCUUAUAAUAUUGAUUUAUCUUGUUUGGUAAAUAUUGAAAUUUUUUUAAUGUUUAUUGCUUCAUUAAUAUAUUUUACCGAAUAAUAACUUGUUUAAUUUGAUUUUUUUUCCUUCAGAAAAUGAGCUUAUAAAUGAUGUGAUCUUUGCUAAAUACUGAAACUAGAAAUUACAUUUAUUUUUUACUAUUAUUAAACUGUUAUAAAAAUGUUUAGAUUUUUAUAUGCUUACAAAUAAUGUAAUGGAGGAGCAUGUGAAAUGUGUUGAAUAUGAAAUCUAAUCUUGCAAUAUGUUCUCUCACUUUGAGAGAGCAGAUUUUAAAAAGGAGUGGUUUCUCAAAACUGAAUGGGAAAAUAUAACAAUUAUGUGCUACAAAGAUAAAUUGCACCACUUUAAGUAUUAGUUUAAUGUUCAAUUUUUGGAUUAAAGUUCUUUAUUUCAUAUGUAUUUUAAAUAAACAGUAUUAAAAUUUUAAUUUCAUUAAAAAGUUUGCGAUUUUAAUUGCUAUUUGUUUUAAUUAUCUGAAACUUUAGUUUAUAUGCUUAUGAUGUGUGCAAUAUUGAAUUUUUAUAUCUAGAUGUUGUUUAUUCUCUUUUCAAAAUAUUCCAUUAUAUUUACUUAAUGUUGAUGUUUGUUUCUUUAUAAUUUUUAUUAAUGCUUGGUUGCCUGUGAUUAAUGCUUACUAAAUGUUGCAUAUUGUGGUAUAUUAUGAAUGUUUUAAAUCUUGAACUAUUUUUUAUUUUUAUUCUUACGCUUUUUUGUACUUUGUUGACACCGUGACUUUUUAAAAUAUAUAUUUGGUGGAAAUAUAUUUUUUAUUGUGUAUAAAACCAAAAAAUAAAACCUAUUACCAUUGUUAGCUACUAUAUUUUCUUAGAGAUAUUUUGCUUCAAAUAAAAUUUCUUGCGGAAA